CCCAUUCAUUUGGAAAACCUCUCAUGUGAGUGAAGAAACAUUAACUGCAGACACCGGGACAUGGACAAAACCAACAAGCAGUGCACAGACACUUAAUUUUUUGGCUUGAGUUCCUGGAAAGUGUUUUUUUUUCCAUAGACAGCACUUUUGUUAUCGUUUGCACGUUGUCAAGUUAAAAAAUUCGCUUAGGGUGGUCGCGUUGGAGAGUCUCAGACAAUGCGUCUCAAUCACAUCUGCAGUUUUCUGCAUCAGUUGUGUUUUCUGGCUGCUACUGUAACUUCAGGUCUACAAGUAUCUCCGGAUUCUGAGAUCAUUUUCCCGGAGUUUUUUCCUGACAUGGGUCCUCCGGGUGCAAACAGAGCGGUCAGCCGAGACGGGGAUGCCGGUACGGGGAGCAGCUCUCGGGAGGUUCGCUCCCUUUCUCGCUGGGACGAAUACGACCCACCGGAGCUGCACCGUACGGAUCCUCCGAGACCGCAAGUGCAGGCUCCGCCGGAACUGAGGCUCAGGAUCUCGGCUUUUGGUAAGGACCUGCGUCUCAUCCUGAAGAGGGACACUCGCUUUCUGUCCCAGAAGUUCAUGGUGGAGGAGAGAGCGAAAGCACGAAAGGCAUCUGUACGGGACACGCAGGCUGCCAGCGCUGAGACAAGCUGCUAUUACAGUGGGAUCGUGCUCAAUUACACGGGAUCCAGCGUCUCAUUCAGCACCUGCGCUGGACUGAUGGGGUUUAUUCAGCUCAGUAAGGACCUUUUAUUUAUCGAGCCCCUGAAUGAUACCGUUGCUGUCACGGGACACCCGCACCGUGCUUACAGAAGAAAGCGCUCCGCAGAGGACACGUCAACCGGGGGAAACGCUGACAGCCACUGUGAAUUACUCCCUGAGAAGCUGAAAUUUAAAAGCCAAACAGCGACAGAGGGCAGGAGGGCGAAGAGGUACUCACACAAGCUGCUCCAUGAAUACAACGUGGAGACGCUGGUGGUGGCAGACCCUGCCAUGGUCAGCUAUCACGGCGUGGAGGCGGCGAGACGUUUCAUCCUCACCGUCAUGAACAUGGUUUUCAGCCUGUUUCAACACAAAAGCCUCGGCAUCCAGAUGAACAUCCGUGUGACCAAACUGGUGCUGCUCCAGGAAAACCCAGCAGACAUGUACAUCGGGCAGCACGGCGAGAAGACGCUGGAGAGCUUCUGCCGCUGGCAGCACGAGCAGUACGGGCGAAAGGGCGCCCACUCAAACUUCGGCAGCCGCUGGAUGGAUGACAGCCCCUCGGUGGACACAGCCAUACUCAUCACCAGGAAGGAUUUCUGCGUGCAUAAAGACGAGCCGUGCGACACCGUGGGGAUCGCCUACCUCAGCGGCAUGUGCAGCGAGAAGCGGAAGUGCAUCCUGGCGGAGGACAACGGGCUGAAUUUGGCCUUCACGAUCGCCCACGAGAUGGGUCACAACAUGGGCGUGAGCCACGACAACGACCACCCGUCCUGCGCCGACGGUCUGCACAUCAUGUCAGGCGAGUGGAUCAAAGGGCAGAACCUGCACGACGUCUCCUGGUCCCGCUGCAGCCGGGAAGACGUGGAGAAGUUUUUGAGGUCUAAAUCCAGCAGCUGUCUCCUGCAGACUGACCCCCUGAGCCUGAAUUCAGUCAUCUUGCCGUCCAGGCUCCCAGGAAUGCCCUACACAGCUGAUGAGCAGUGUCAGAUCCUCUUUGGGCCGGUGGCGUCCCACUGCCAAAAAAUGCAGCAUGUGAUGUGCUCUGGUCUUUGGUGCCAUGUCGACGGGGAGAAGGACUGCAAAACCAAGCUGGAUCCACCCAUGGACGGCACCGAGUGUGACAUGGGAAAGUGGUGCCGGGCUGGCGAAUGUGUCAGCUGGGUAGUCCCACCAGAGCAGAUGCUGGGCCAGUGGAGCACUUGGGGAUCCUGGGGCCCCUGCAGUCGAACCUGUGGCAUGGGGGUCCGGGCCCGACAACGUGACUGCCAGAGCCCCAGAGCUGCUAGGAAAGUCUGGGACUGCCCUGGUCUGAAGGUACAGUACAAGCUCUGCGAGGACCUGCCCUGUGCGACGAGGACGCCCGACUUCCGGGACGCUCAGUGCCAGGCGUUCAGCCGCCCCUCCCUCCGCUGGUACUCCGUCAUGGAUGAUGAGAAGCCAUGUGCCCUCUUCUGCUCGACAUCUGGGAAGGAGCAACCUGUCCUGGUAACAGAGAAGGUCCUGGAUGGAACCUACUGUGGCCCACAGGAAACUGGCAUUUGUGCCAAUGGAACAUGUCAGAAGGUGGGUUGUGAUGACAUCCUGGGAUCCCCGGUAAGGGAAGACCACUGCGGAGUUUGUAAUGGAAACGGGAAAUCCUGCAAGGUCAUUAAAGGAGACUUCAACCACACCAGUGGGCCAGGCUAUGUGGAGGCUGUGGUCAUUCCCACCGGAGCGAGGAGGAUUAGGGUGGUGGAGGGGAAGCCGGCGCAGAGCUACCUUGCACUUAAGGACACCAGCAAGCAUUCCAUAAACAGCGACUGGAAAAUCGAGCACCCAGGCUCUUUCAACAUUGCUGGCACGACAGUCCACUAUGUCAGAAGGGGAUUAUGGGAGAAGAUGUCAGCCAAAGGUCCAACCACAUCCCCUCUGCAUCUCAUGGUGCUGCUCUUAACGAACCAGAGCUAUGGAAUCCAUUAUGAGUACACCAUACCCAUGGAGCAGCCCCCGGAGUCCCAGAAAGGCCUGGCCAGCAAGGCCAGCGAGCCCAUCUUCAUGUGGACCCACUCAGGCUGGGAGGACUGCCAUGCCGUCUGCGGAGGAGGGGAAAGGAGAUCCACAGUCACCUGCACCAAGAUCGUCAACAAGACAACAAGCCUGGUGGACAACAGGAAGUGUCGUCACCUGACUAGACCAGAGCCACAGGUCCGCAAGUGCAACGAGCAGCCCUGCCAGACGAGGUGGAUGAUGACGGAAUGGACGUCAUGCUCGCGGACGUGUGGAAGGGGCUCCCAGAGCAGACAGGUGGCGUGUACCCUGCAGCUGCGCAACGGCUCCCUGGUGAAGGCGAAGGAUCGCGACUGCGCAGGCCCCAAGCCUGCGCACACGCAGCGCUGCGAGGGCCAGGACUGCCUCACCGUGUGGGAGGCCGGCAUGUGGUCUGAGUGCUCUGUGAAGUGUGGUCGGGGGAUCCGGUACCGACCCGUGAAGUGCACCAACCCGCGGAAGAAGUGUGACCUGUCGACGGUCCCGCGCGAGGUGGAGGACUGUGAGGACUACUCUAGGUGCUACGUCUGGAGGACGGGCGACUGGGCCAAGUGCUCCGUGACGUGCGGCAAAGGAAUGCAGUCGAGGGUGAUCCAGUGCAUGCACAAGAUCACGGGGCGGCACAGCCGUGAGUGCUUUUCGUCUGAGAAGCCAGCGGCCUACCGGCCGUGCCAGCAGCAGCCAUGCAACGAGCGGGUCAACGUCAAUACUAUCACCUCGCCGCGGCUUGCCGCCCUGACGUUCAAGUGCUUGGGGGACCAGUGGCCAGUGUACUGCAGGGUGAUCCGGGAGAAGAACCUGUGCCGGGACAUGCGCUGGUACCAGCGGUGCUGUGAGACAUGCAGGGACUUUUACGCACAGAGGAUGCAGCAGAAAAGCUGACGCCGCCCGUAGCGACCAUGGAUGCUUCCUCCUUUAUUUAUAUCAAGUGCACUUAAAAAAAAAACAAAAAGGUACAAGCAGGAGCCGCCGGCUUAUUUAAUCCUUGUAAUUUAUUUAUUGGUGCUCUGCCAGUUGUGUCCAUUAGCCAUGCUUUUGGUAAAGAUGCUCUUUCAGCACAUUUUAAGAAUAGGAAUCGGUGGUGCUAUUCAUUUUUUUCGACCACGGUUAUCACUAAUAUUAGCGGCUGUCUGUAAUGAGCAGUUAGCAUUCGGCGGUGUGGAAGGGCUGUUAGAUUUUGUCAGUCUUCUUAGUUUACAAGAAUGAGGUGCUUACCACCUGUAGCAUUUCAGAUUUUAUUGGUUUUAGUUUUUAUUUACUGAGAUCUUCAUUUACUGGUGUCUUUUGGUGCUUUUAGAUUAAAACUAUUGAAUUUUGACAGAUGGGUUAUUUCUGUUGUUUUAGGUCCACUUACAUUGAUACAAAUGUUUAAUUUUGUAAUUCAAAUAUUACAUUCAAGUAUUUUAUCAUUUGUACACUCUCUGAGAUGAAGGGGUUUUAUUAUGAAUUAAUUGGUAAUUAAUCUAGUAAAAUUCAGUGAGUACAGUGAAAAUUUUAUUUCCUUCUUCCUCUGAAGUUUUCAAACUCUUGGUCCUUAAAUAACAGCAAUUAUAAUUCAUUGUAAUUACUACCAAAUCUACACUGUGAUAUUAUAAAUAUAGAAAAGGCAGAACCAAAACAUUCCUAAGAAAAACUUUUAAAUCCAGUGCAAAAUUUGUACAUGUAAAAACAAUACUGUAUGCCAUUUUUCUUGAAUGAAGAGGAGGCCAUUUUGCUGUAUGAAAAAAAAGAACCUCUGUCAUCAUCAAAAGAGACUUUUGUUUUGGGAUUUUAUGACAAGUAGAAUGUAUGAGUCUAGCAAAUCUGUGUUAAAAUCUUCAUACUUCCGUUUUAUGUUUUUUAAAACAGCAUUCCACUGUUGUGAAAUUUUCAUUAAAAUACUGUGUUCCCCUCUAA